AUGGAUGGGGGCUCUGCGUCGCCGCCUCAGGAGAGUAAGGCCGACGCCCUUCUCGCUCUGGUCAAGGGGCCGCUGGCUGCUUCCGCUGCCAGGCUCUCUGCUCAAUCCAGGGCCGUUCCGGACGGGAGGGACUUCCACUUCUAUCGGAACUUCGAGCAGUUCCGGUCCCCGGCCAGGGAGGUCGCUGCGAGGUCCGAGUCUCUGCUGAGCAGCAUCGGGACUUCGGAGCUGGUCGGCAGCGGCGGGAAGCGGCGGGAAGGAUCGGAGCUGGUUGGGCUUCCCGAGGAUCUUGACGACGCCCAUGACUGGGUGGUUAAUCUGAAUGAUGAAAUAUUGGAGCGGUUCAGUGCGUCCAUGGACGAAUUCAAAAGUUUGAGGGAGGAGGAGGAGCAGGAGCGUGGAACAGCGGGGGAUUGGGCGGCGGCGAUGGAGACGGGGGGGUUCCAGAUAGUUUACGGCAAGAAAGGGAAGAAGAAGAAGAUGGAUGGUGGUGGGGAUGACGCUGUAGGUUACGAUGGGGCUGUGGAUGUUGGCGGCGCCUUUGGUGUUAAGGUUGCAUCGAGGGACAAAAAGACAAGGGCGCCGCGUUCGCAGGUUCCGUUCCAUUUACCAACCAUCCCCCGUCCCCAGGACGCUUUCAAGAUACUGGUCAACAACUCGAACCAACCCUUUGAACACGUCUGGUUGGAGAGGAGCAACGACGGGAGUCAUUUCGUACACCCGCUGGUUAGUUUCUUAUUCAAUCUCAUUUCUUUUUUGUUGGUUUUAACUUCGAGAGCAUCGGGUAAGGCCUCCCGAAUGUGGCUUUUCUUUUCUUUUAGCGACAAUGAGAGCCGGGAUAUAUAUAUAUAUAUAUUUAAAUCAUCCAUGAUUGUGCCUAAGUAUAAUUAUAUCCUCUAGCAAUAUCACAAAUGAAAGAAUCUUGCAUAAUAUCCUAAUUAUGAGUACAUGGGUCCCUUCUCACCUGCAUAGGGAACAAAGAUUCUAGCUAGUUUUGUCAAUGCUACCGAAUGGUCCUGAGUGAGGAUACUAUUUCAUCAACUUUUACCUCUGGUACUUUCUAGUGGGAGCAUUAAAUCUCCAUUUUUUGAGUCUCCCUUUUGUAUGGCUUUUUCCCUAUUAGUCAUGUGAAGUCCGAUCAUCCUUUUAUUCAUGGUAAUAACAUGGAAUCUUACGGAUUUAUAUGGCCCAAUUCCAUUCAGAGUUCUAGAGUCUCCCCAAAAAGUAUGACCCAUAUUUCGUUAUCAAAGUGAAAUUUGGAUGAACUCUCCAAGAGGUUUCUAAGGCUCGUGAUUGAUCUCUCACGAAAUUUAGUGUCCUUUAUAUUCCACCUGUAUUUUUUAGGCAUUUGGAAAAUAUUGAUUUUUCUUAAGCUUGAUAGUAAUUAUGCCUGAUUAAGAAUGUUAACUUUGACAUAAUCUGUUUAUUGAGCUGACGAUAUGUUGGUCUUUCAUACUUUGAAUUUAACGUAGAAUCAGUUCUCUCAUGCAGUCUUUGUUGCCUGAUAUAUCCAUCUGAUCCGAUUAGAACCUAUGAUCUCUGAAAUGAGCCCAUCAUCACUAUGGCCAAUGGAAGUCUAAAACCUGUAAAAAUUGUCCUUAAUAUAUGUUGUGGUUGAAAUAUCAGUUGAUGCCUGAAAUAGAGGUGCCAGGAAGUGAAUUAUAUCUCUUGUUAGCUAUAGAUUGGUGAUCCUAGCACUGCCCAUGAGACGAACGCCCUUGAUGAGAUCCUACACAACCAAAUUCUGUCGUCCAAAUACAAAGCGUAUUUUCCUUGUAAUUUCAGUUUAAUAAUCCUCGAGGCAAUUACGUAAAAAACAUUAACUAAUUUUCUUUCUCUUCGCAAGAAAAGUUGCUAGGUAGCUUUUCUCAACAGCUGUAGAAAUUUGACUGCACAUAUUAUAAUUUUGACAGAUGUGUCAUCGUUAAUCCAUCUCUACGGAAAAUUGUAACUUUUUUUUCUUCGGUACUGAGAGUUUUCUAGUUCACCCAGAGCUUUUGUUGAUACCGUCAUUCUGUGAAUAUUUUAAUUUGCUUUUUUAGCAUCCACAUCAGGACAGUGUUUAUUUUUUGCUUUAAUAUCCUGGCAUCAUUUGCAUUUAGGUUAUUAUUUUUAUGCACUUGCACCAUUUGAGCUGAACAUGUGCAUACAGGAGAAAUUGGCCGUGCUUGACUUUGUUGAUGGAAACGUUGGGGAAAGCGAGCCAAUGAAGCCGCCUCCUAUUGAAGACACUCCUUUUAAGCUUGUUGAAGAAGUGAAAGAUUUGAAGGAGUUAGCUGCGAAGUUGCGUGUUGUAAAUGAAUUUGCUGUGAGUACUUUUUCUGAGAACUGAUUUCCAUUUUCAGUUCGCAUGUCUUCUACUGGCAUUUUCUUUAGGCUGGAGACCUGUGUUCUCAUUUGUACGACUCUUCAAUAUUUUAUCAAUCAUGUCGCUAGUAUGAAUAUGGGAUUCUUUUUGUGGAAGCCUUUCUGUCUGAAAUAAUAACUUUUGAUUUAAAAUCAAUGAGAUAUUUUCUUGGGCUUUAGUUGUGGAUCAGUUUUAGUAACUUUUUAGUUUCUGUAUUGUAUCAUUGAAGAUUGUUGACCGAUAUGUUGUUCACUGUUCUUGUUUGUUUUGGUUGACAUUCGUGAUUCCUUAAAAAUAACGCAUUAUUGGUAGAUACUGACAACAUCCUAUGAUCUAGAUCGUCACUAGAGGGCGGGGGGAAAUAUGCGGGAUAAAUGACAGCUAAAAAAAAAAAAUCUGAGCUCGAUACAUAGGCGAUUUUUGCAUGUAGAAAGAAAAUUUCCGUCAUCAGUGGUAAUUCUAGGGCAGUGUGCUGCAGAAUAUUGAGGAAGAUGAACCAACUGAGCUACGAACAGAUCAAUUCCCAUUUCUGGGGAUCACAGUGUCAGAACUUUGCUAUGGACCCCUGAAAGCUUGUAUGUUGGCUUCUGCCUGGGUCUCCAGAAGUUUCUCGGUCCUUCCUGGUUGGGUAGACACGAAUCAGGUUAAGAAUCGAUUAGCUUAAUAUGCUUGACGGGGUUAACAGCUGUGGUUGAGACUGAAAUGGUAACAAAUGUGAUCGCCUCGAGGAGAUCUGGACGAAGGAAACAAAUGUAGUUCGGUUAUUUGGGUUCGUAUCUCAAACCUGAGGAAAGUUAGAGAAACUGAUGGAAUGCAAUGUGCGUUCAAAGCGUAUCUUAGGCCAGAAGUCCAGACUUGCAUGUAUCAGACCAGGAUCAACUUCAAGGUAAUCGCUGGCAGUUGCAAACACAUGCACGAGGCAAACAUAGAAGUUAUCCACGAAGAGGGUUAGGUACCGAAAUGAGAAGAUGAAUGGGUUUGCAAGAGCGGAGGACAAAUAUUGUGGAUUUUGUUCCAUGCAUUUGGGGAGAGAUUACUGACUGAUACAUAGAAAUUCCGAAUCAUUUGUGUAUGUUUUCUAACUUUUAAAGCAUAUAUGUCAAAACUUGAUAGAAUAAGGCUGUUGGCAGAGCUGGCUAUCCUUACAUAUGGAGCUUGGGGGGGGGGGGGGGGGGCUACUUUGAAGACUUGAAAAAGUUAUGAAUCCGUGUGACUUUGUCAAGUUGAGAGAUUCACAGAAUGCAGAUUUCUGGACAUUUUCUCUUUCAUUGUGGACACCAUGCGAGAAAUUUAUGACGGUUCAAUAUUCUCGGUUAAUUUUUCUACUGUGGUUUAUUUUCCAGGUCGAUUUGGAGCAUAAUCAGUAUCGAUCCUUUCAAGGGCUUACAUGCUUGAUGCAAAUAUCAACAAGAACAGAGGAUUUUGUUGUCGAUACAUUGAAGUUGCGUGUCCAUGUCGGGCCAUAUCUGAGAGAAGUCUUCAAGGACCCUUCUAAGCGGAAGGUAUAACUAAUUUGCCCCCUGUUUUAUAACAUGUUUUCUUGUUUAUCAAGCUGUGUCUUGUUGUUUAAUCAGGUCAUGCAUGGAGCAGAUCGUGACAUAUUGUGGCUUCAGAGGGACUUUGGGAUAUAUGUGUGCAACCUCUUUGAUACCGGACAGGUAUCUUCUUAGACUACCCAUGAAAAUUCUUGUGUUCCUACUGGACAGGUAUCUAUUAUUGCUUUGAUCUUAAAGAUCAUUAUAUCUCGCGGCUGAGUUGAGAUUGCUCUCAAACUUUCUACACAGCGGCAAUAUGUCCAUUUUAAUCUAGCUGAUGAUUGAUGAUUUAGGGCGUAAUCUAGUACACAAGAAAUAAAAAUCUCUAAAAGUUUAGCUUUUCUCCUUUUUCCCAUGACAUAAUUUUUACCGUUUCAAACAAAAGAGGCUAUAAAUAGCUUUAAAGGGCUAGGACUGUGAGUGUUCAAGUGUUCAAAAAAGCUGAAGAAAAGGAUUUGUACCUUUCAACAAUUGGUUUAGCUUGCCAUUUUAAGGUUUUAAAUGGAUGGGGGGUGGGGGGGGUUCAUAUCUGAUUAAUGAAUGUUAAGCGAUUGAUUGAAAAUUGUUGAUGUUGACGAUGCAGUUGGAACCCUACUUAAUUAACUAAAAGUAUUUUCAUUUUUUGAAUGAAGUUCUCGGACUUAGUGUUCCCUGGGAUUAAAUUAUAAUUUCAAAAUUCUAACAUUAAUUAUAUUGGUUCCGACUCCGUGCUCUAGUGAUACCGGGGAUGUUUGAAUCCAGAAACCUUGGUUGGGUUCUGACAGUAAUGUUACUUGGCAAUGCAGGCAUCGAGAGUCCUGCAACUGGAGAGGAAUAGCCUUGAGUUUCUCCUUCAGUACUUCUGCGGAGUUACUGCGAACAAAGAGUAACAUGUUCUCCUUUCUUCCGAUUCCUCCUCUGUGUAUAUCUUGUUCUGCUGACUUUAAUGUUGCACGCAUUCUUCCUUCAUUUUUAUUUUUAUUUUAAAUAUAAUUUUUGGCUGUAUUUAUUUAUUUUUCUUAAAAUUUAUCUCUAGAUACCAGCAAGCCGAUUGGAGGCUGCGGCCUAUUCCUGACGACAUGCUAAAGUAAUGUACAAUGCAGCUUAUAUCCUGUACGAUCAAUUGCUUUCUUCAGCUAUAUUUGAUUGAUCUGCUUGGACAUUGUUUUCCGCAGAUACGCAAGGGAGGAUACGCACUACCUUUUAUUUAUGUACGACAUAAUGAAGCGGAGGCUGCUCUCAGCAGAAUCAUCCAACCCUGAUCUUGCCCACUCCCUGCUUGCAGAGGUCCACUCUCUCUCUCUCUCUCUCUCGAUUCAUAAGCCUCUUUGCGUGCCAAUUUAAUUGGUAAAAAACAUAAAAUAAAUCUCUGAGCCAAUCCUUUUACUGUGUUUCUUUACAUAUUCUGCCUUUUGCUCCUGGGAUCUCAGUUUUUUUUUUUUCUUUCUAAUUUCAGCACGAUCUGUUCUUGUGUUCAUCCAUUCGGUCAAUCAAUCUCUUGUGGGUUUCCAUUUCCCUUUUAUCUUGCAGGUGUACAGGCGCAGCUCUGAUAUCUGCCGGCAGCUUUAUGAGAAGGAACUCCUUACCGGCUCCUCGUUUCUCCGGAUAUACGGGUACGUUCCCCCCGUUGGGCUCCCUGCUUUCUAUGAUGCAGAAAGCCUGAGGUUGCGUUGACUUUUUGAUCUCUUGGUGAGCAGGUUGAGUGAAACCGAUUUCAGCCCCGAGCAGCUCGCUGUUGUUGCCGUAAGCCACUCUCUGUUCUAUCCCCUAUUUACUCAUUUAUUAAUCACAAAAUAACGAGGGGCUUUAAUUUAAUUUAAUUAAUUUAUUAUUUUCUGCAGGGUUUGUGGGAGUGGAGAGAUCAUAUUGCCCGGGCAGAAGAUGAGAGCACCGGAUACAUAUUACCCAACAAAGCCCUCCUCGAAAUAGGUAGCCAUAUUUAGCCAUUUAUGUAUAUUAUUAUUAUUAUUAUUAUUAUGAUGCUUGGAUAAAUAUUUAUUUCUAUAUUUGUCUAGGUUUCGGCUGAUGUUCCUCACCUUUUUUCCCCAUUUUUGGAUCCAAAAGCCAGGCAGAUGCCUCUGACUUCCGGCAUGCUGAAGCGGCUGGUGAAGUCAAAGCACCCUUACGUGGAACGCAACCUAGGGUCUGUGGUGGCCGUCAUAAGGAACUCUGUCGCAAACGCCGCCGGCUUCGAAGCCGUCUACGACCAUCUCAAGAAGAGCCAUUUGGAGGCCGUAAGCCCCCUCCCCACUGAAAAACCCCCCAAAAACAUGGUCUAUAAGUUAAUAGUUACAAAAAAAGAAAAAGGGAUUCCUCUUUCCCCUCACCUCUUGCUCGCUUCUGUAGGCUGCUGCUGGUGGGCCCAGAGGCGAUCAUCCCCCAUCUCUGCCGCCGCCCGCCGCCGCCGCCGCCACCGCCGGGGAUGUCCCAAGUAUAGAAACUCCUGUUACCGGGUUGGAGAUUGCGGAGGAGAUUGCUGGCCCUGUUGGAAGGGAUGGAGGAGAGAUGAAGGCUGUGAGUUGCAUGGCUGACUAUGCUUGUCUGCCAUGAAAGAAAAAAGUCUUCUUACUGGUUGACCUUCCCUCCCAUCUGCUUCUUAUCAGGUCAACGUUGUGUCUGUCCAAAUAAAGAAGAAGCCGGUCAGCGCCUUCGGAGCGCUGUUCGGGGGCUCCUCUGCCAAGAGGAAGCUCGCUCCGGAUUCGAAAGGGUCAAACUCCGAGCAGGUACCUAGUUCUUUCAGAGGACUUUCAGAAACCUCGGCGACUUUCUCCAUCGUCGAUCGUUAGGGUUUCCGAAGUAUGAAAUGUUCAUCAUGAUCUUCCUCCUCCUUUAUACAGGCCAAGUUGGAGCAGAUCAAGUCCUCUGUGGCGCUCCCGUUCCACUCGUUCUCCGGCGGCGCCGCCGUGGCCGCCGGAACGGACCGGAGACGCGCGGAGGUCGCCGGAGCUCAGCCACUUGUGCCCCCCGAUCGCGGGGAAGACGAGCCCGCCGGCGGCGGCGCCGAGGUGGAGGAUAUCAUCCCUCUGACGGACGAGUCGGAGGAUCCGCCGGCGGACGGGGGCCGACCGGAAAACGGCUCAUCUGCGGCGGCUUCGCCGCCGGUGGGGGCGGAGGAGGAGGAGCAGCCGCUGUCGCUUUCGGAGUUGUCCUCCAGCUUUGAAGAGUGCUUCAAGGCCGCGGCGGAGAGCCGGCGAGGAGACGGUGCCGCCGCCGCCGCUCCCCCGCAAUGGAAGCCGUUCGACUAUGCCGCCGCGAGGGAGGAGGUGAAGUUUGGGGAUCGCCGGCAGGGGACGGACCCCGGGGCUGCGCCGGGGGACGGCGGCGGGGAUCGCCGGCGUGGAAAGCAGCGUGGCAACGGCGGGGCUGCCGUCCUCCCCCGGCGGGCACCGGCGACGGAGGACACGGCGGCGGACUUCCAGGCUCCACGGCGGUGCCAGGCCUUCCCCCCCUCCGGCAACCGCAGCGCCACCUUCCACUGA